UGUUAAUCCGGUAGAACUAAACUCAUUAUUAUGAUGUAAAUUUUUUUAGUCGAAUCGUAAGCCGACUCGACAUUUUUCUGAUUGUGGUCAAAUUAGCCCAGCAGCUAUCACACGGACAGAGGGCGGUUUCAGUUUUCGUACAUUGUCGUGACCACAGGUUAUUUAUAAUAUCUCGAGUUCCCAGGAGCAUUGCCAACAUUAUCCUCAAGAAUUUGAGUCUGGGGAAGUGUAUGCCUUUACAGGAGCGUCGCCAUCUUUGCUUCAUUCCGAGCUACUCCGAAGCUUUUCCUUGCAGCUAUGUCAAAACUGAGUUGCACUGUUUUAUUUCUGAUUGAGGUUUGCAUAUUUUAUGGAAACGGCAAGAACACAGUAGACGGUCUCAUAUGCUCAACCACAGGGUCAUUCCCAGAUCCAAACGACUGUGCAAAGUUUUAUCACUGUUAUUCCACUGGAAUAAAAGCCAAUUUAGAGAUAUGCCCAUCAGAUCGUCCUAUUUACAAUCCAGUGAAUAGCUUCUGCAUGAAUAUUACAAAUAGAGCUCAAAUCGCUUCACUUUGUAGCAGUUCAGUCACUCCUACUGCUACGAUAUCCUCGAGCUUCAGGAGCUUGGAGUCAGGUGGAAUUUUACGUUACUCGUCAAUCAAUGUUACUCAAAGUCCAUAUUCAACAAUGCCAACACAAGGAGAGACUACAUCUACACUAGCAGCUCAAAUCGCUUCACUUAGUAACAGUUCAAUCACUCCUCCUGCUACGAUAUCCUCAAGGUUCAGGAGUCUGGAGUCAACAACGAUGCCAACACAAGCAGUGAAUUCAUAUUCAUUUACUGAGUCAGAGAAUUCUCACCUAACUGUUGAACCUACAAAAACGAAACACUGUGGGUCGGAGGCCCUAGAGGAAAAGGUUAAGUGUUUCGAGAACGAAGCUGAGCAGCUUCAGGAAAGCAUGCAGAGAAAUACAACUGCUUCGAUACUGGAUAUUUUACAGGCAGCGGCUAAAGAUGCCGACGACGUGCUUGGAAGCUUGACUUUUCAAAGGAACAGUUCUUCUUCUUUCAACGCUUUUAAGAUCGUAUCAAUACUAGACGACCUUUGGAGGGAGGCCCAAAAACGUCUGAAGAAUAGCAGCGAAAUUAUUCGAAUAUUUACCGAGAGUUUUCUGUUUGAAAGUGUCAACAUCAACGGGGAGUACAUAUUUCGCUAUCUGCAAAACCAGACGCAUUGGGAUGGACUUACUGACCAGAUACGAUUACCCAGGAAACUGUUUUCUGAAGACAAAUAUCCCUGUCGUUCGGUUGGUGCGCUGUACUCAAAAUUACAUGCUAUGGUACCCGUGCGACUGAGCGACACCAAUGAAACUCUUAGGCUGAAUAGCCACGUGAUAUCCAUGUCGCUAUGUGUCCCGGUGAAACACAACUACCAAAGAAAUAUACUCAUCAUGAUGGAACAUCUGAAGGCUCUUGAUGACAACGAGUAUACAUAUUGCGCCUUUUGGAAUUUUUCAAAACACACGAUUCAUGGUAACGGAGCUUGGUCACGUGACGGUUGUCACGUAGAUACAGAAAAGUCCAACAGGACACACACAGUGUGCGCCUGUGGUCAUCUCACCAACUUUGCUGUUCUGAUGGGAUCUGGAGAAUAUUUGGUGUCAAAAGCUGACAAAUUUGCUUUGGGUAUAAUUACUUACGUUGGUUGCAUUUUAUCCUUAUUUGGAGCUGUUGGUGCCAUUACGUCGUUUGCUGUUUUCACCCAGUUGAACACAGACCGACACAUCAUUCAUGGAAACUUGCUGGUCUCCAUUGCUAUUUCCCAGACCAUAUUUUUGUUUGGAAUAGAGCAGACCGAAAACGAGUUCCAGUGUAGAUUCACGGCGAUCAUGCUUCAUUAUUUUUACUUGGUAUCGUUUGGUUGGAUGCUUUGCGAAGGACUUCAUCUUUACACCAUGGUGGUGAAAGUCUUCAAUUUGUCUUCUAAAAUUUAUCACUAUAUUGUGUUAGCUUGGGGGAUUCCGGCGUUGCUCGUUCUCAUAACAGCUGCUUGUAGUUACUCCGACUAUGGCACAAAAACAAGUUGCUGGAUUUCACCCAAACGAAACACUUUGUUGGCCUUUAUCAUUCCUGUAGCUGUUACUACUUUGGCGAACAUUGUGAUCUUGGGUUUGGUUUUACAUGAAAUUUGUCGUCUUCACACGACUGGAAGAACUUGUAUGAGCGAUAUCGUUCGAUCUACACUAAAGUCAUUGGUGGUACUCAUUCCUCUUCUUGGAGUGACUUGGUUAUUUGGACUGCUGGUGUUUGCAACUCAUAGUGUUGAAUUUCAGUAUCUUUUCGCUAUUUCUAACACAAUGCAGGGCUUUUUCAUUUUUCUCCUCCACUGUCUGUUUAAUUCGGAGAUUCGGAAGAACUUCAUGCGUAAGAAAGAGACGUGGAAGUCAAUAAAAGCCAUCCGCUAUAUCCGGAAACGGCUACUAGCUCCCUCAGUUGUGGUACCUUUAGAACGGCACAGCUCUCUCUCAGAGAAAGCUUCUACAUUCAAGCCUUCUUCAGCUGAAUGCUAACACGACCAUAAGGAUACCUGAUAUCCACGACUGUUCACGAUGUUCACGCCUAUUGUGACAUCAAGGUGUGCUCUCUGAUGCUUACUUGGGCUAUGGGGUGAUGGAGAGUACCUAAAGUGGAAUACUUAGGAGAUGUUCUUCGCAGAGAGUGCAACUAUAGCGGAAAAACAUGUGCACUUUAAAUACCUACAGAAAGUUUCAGGACCAGUUUUCUGAAAGUCACGAUCGACGGGAAGUAUAUCUUUGGCAAUCAGUGAUGCGUAAUAAGGGUAGACCCUUAUAGCACUUCCGAAAUAAAGUGAAAAGAAUUUAGUAUGAAGGUUACCGAAAAGGUUCUUGGUAUAGCUUUGUGCUCCCUGUAAAGAAAUGGAGAAGAGGUUGUCAUAAUGAAUACUUUUGAGACACUUUUUACUCAAAGCAUGGAUACUUGCUCUAAAGGCGUUUUGAACUCAGUAAUCCUAUGACGCACAGUUAAUACAUUAGUUUCGGUUGUAUAUCUAAAACCAUGUGGUGUUAUCCUACAUAUGAAUGAAUGUGUCCGAUCAAUUUCUAUUACACAGUGACAAAAUCUA